AUGGUCGGACUUGGUCCUAAGCACCCACCGUCCCGCAAGGGCUCGAUGAACGAUGUGCCCCAAAAUCUCCUACAGCAGAUCAAGGAGUUUGAAGAUGUCUUCACCGUGGACCAGGCCAAGCUAAAGCAGAUUGUGGCCCACUUUGUGAAGGAGCUUGAGAAGGGUCUGACCGUCGAGGGCGGCAACAUCCCCAUGAACGUUACUUGGGUCAUGGGCUUUCCCGAUGGUGAAGAACAGGGCACCUAUCUCGCCCUCGACAUGGGUGGCACCAACUUGCGUGUUUGCGAAAUCACAUUGACCGAAGCCAAGGGAUCUUUUGAUAUCACCCAAUCUAAAUACAAAAUGCCGGAGGAGCUCAGGACCGGUACUGCUGAGGAACUGUGGGAGUACAUUGCCGAUUGCUUGGAGCAGUUUAUUGAGACUCACCACGGCAAUGAGAACCUCACCAAGCUUCCGUUGGGUUUCACCUUCUCUUACCCAGCUACCCAGGAGUACAUUGAUCACGGUGUCCUGCAACGCUGGACUAAGGGAUUCGAUAUCGAUGGCGUUGAGGGCGAGGACGUUGUUCCUCCCCUGGAGGCCAUCCUCAAGAAGCGUGGUUUGCCCAUCAAAGUUGCUGCCCUAAUUAAUGACACUACUGGUACUCUUAUUGCCUCUUCCUACACCGAUUCCGCGAUGAAGAUUGGCUGCAUCUUCGGCACUGGCGUAAACGCCGCGUACAUGGAGAACGUUGGAUCCGUACCCAAGAUUGCACACAUGGGUCUCCCUGCUGAUAUGCCCAUUGCUAUCAACUGUGAAUACGGAGCUUUUGAUAACGAGCGCGUGGUGCUUCCCCUGACCAAGUACGAUGAAAUUAUCGACCGUGACUCCCCUCGUCCCGGUCAGCAGGCCUUCGAGAAGAUGACCGCUGGUCUCUACUUGGGUGAGAUCUUCCGCUUGGCGCUUGUGGACAUUCUCGAGUCUCAUCACGGCCUGAUUUUCAACGGCCAGGACACCUCCAAGCUGCGCAAGCCAUACAUUUUGGACGCUUCGUUCCUUGCCGCCAUUGAAGAAGAUCCCUAUGAGAACUUGUCGGAGACCGUGGAAGUCUUUGAGCGUGAGCUCAACAUCCGCCCCACACAAUGCGAGCUGGAAAUGGUUCGUCGUCUCGCAGAAUUGAUUGGUACCCGUGCCGCUCGUUUGUCGGCCUGCGGUGUUGCUGCCAUUUGUACAAAGAAGAAGAUUGAUUCCUGUCACGUCGGUGCUGAUGGCUCCGUUUUCACCAAAUACCCCCACUUCCAGGCCCGCGGUGCUCAGGCUCUACGUGAGGUCCUGGACUGGGCUCCUAAUGAGAAGGACAAGGUUACUAUCAUGGCUGCCGAGGAUGGAUCCGGUGUGGGUGCUGCCUUGAUUGCUGCUCUCACUCUGAAGCGCGUCAAGGCCGGUAACCUGGCUGGUAUCCGUAACAUGGAGGACAUGAAGACCCUGCUUUAG